AGAUUUAGUAAGAACAAAAUGGCUGAUUGGUUUUUGUAAAGGAGCAUUUCGGUUUAUUUCAUUUAUUGCUAUUAUAUUCAAGAUGGAUCACUUCUUUCUAAAUCACGAAACAGUAUUAAAUAAUCAGCGCGACAGAGAUCAAUUAAUAGAACCUAUUAACGAUACACAGUCAUUUGAUAAUUUUUCGGAUAUUGAUGAAUUUAAUGAUGAAACUUUUGGAACACAGAUCGACAACACGGAGUUCGAUUUUGAAGGACAGACGCAAGUUUUUGAUAGGAUGAAAUUUGCUGGACAAACAAGAGAACCAUCUCCACCGGAUAUGCGUUCUGAAAUUGAGAGGACGAUGUCGGAUAUUCUAGUAGAUGAUGACAUAGACGAUCCAGCAAUUAUGAAUAUGUCAAAAUCUACUCCAAUUUACAAAAGAAAUAGAAUAGCUGAGAUUACUUCUAGUACACCUCCUGAUCCCAGCAUAUUAAACUCUGUUGAAUUACAAAAAAUUUGGAAUAGACCUGAUAUUAUGUCUGAUGGAGAUAGAAAUAGACAAAGUUUAAAUCAUAAUAUUUUAUCCCAAAUUGCUCAGACCAGUCGACCAGCUCUGUCAAGAGACCUCCCAAACGCACUAACCCUUGACGAAAUAGAAAAUGGAAAAUCUAGCCUCCCAUCUAAGAAUAUCCAUGCUGCAGUUCCAACAAAUAUUCCUAUGUUUAAUGAUUCACCUAGGCCAAAUAUUAAUGUUCCUCCGCCUCCGAAUCUGAGAAUGCCUCCAGUUCGUCUGAAUGUUCGUCCUCCAACAAGAAAGCCUACUGGACAACCUAUUUUACCACCUGUUCCACCUGGUAUCCCAUUUGGCGGUUCCAGAGUGUCGGGAUCUCCACUACAAGGUUUUAGACCACCCAUGCCUAUGCAUAAUCGCUUAAUUUUCAAUAGAAUGGUGCGCCCACUUCCUCCACCAGGUCAUCAUGACAUGACUAUGAAUCGACAUAUAAGACCAAUGGCCCCUCCGCAACUCUAUAAUCAUCGCAUGCAUCAUGAUGAUACGAAUUUCGAAGAUGAGCCAGUUAGCUUAAUGACUCAAAGGGAAAAAGAUUGGAUUGUUAAAGUACAGCUUAUGCAAUUGCACACGGAUAAUCCUUACACUGAUGAUUACUAUUAUACACACUGGAGAAUGAAACAAGAAAACUCUCAAGAUACCCCUCAAUUAGUUGUUCCUAAUCUAAGUAGACCGGAUGAAGACAAGUACGAACCAAAGCAAUUCGAUAAUGCUCUGGGUAGAUUAACUUCUUCAUCUGUUCAUAAUCCUCGACAAGUUCUUGAUGUUGGUGAUGCAUCUAACAAACAAAAUAGUAGUUCGAGCGUUCGACGAUUUAAGCAGUUGUUGCUUAUUGUUGAAAAUUCUUAUACUGCUAUGCUAGACGUUAUGGAAUUAGAGAUGCAGGCUCUUUGUGUUCCGCCAAACGCUAGAGAAAAAUUAAAUGAGGCCAGAGAGAAGACGCUAAAAGCUAUCGUUAAUAAACUUGGGGUUUUCAAUAAUAGCUGUGAUGUCUUGAAAUUGGUGUUGGGUGUUCGAAAAGGUCGAUCUUUAAUACGACGUUUGAUACCGCUUAUAAGUAAAGAAGACAGAAUUUUGCUUAUAAACACAACUUUAACCUGUUUAAGUACCAUUCCCGAUGACAAAUUUCUGUUAGACGAUCUAAAAAAAGCCAUUCUAAAGGAAAGCUCCGCAGCUGCCUUGGAAAUGUUUGUAAAGACUUUGGAAGUAGCAUCUUUUCAACUUGUGGUCAAAACUAAGCGCUUAGCUGACAUUUUAUGGUCAAUAAUAUUUAGAAUAGAAGAAUUGAUAUGUGACGGACAAAUUACGAGUGAUACUUGGCAAAAACAAAUGGUACAUAUAUCUACAGCUAUAAGCAAUUCAAAAGAAGUUGAAGUUGAUAAAAAUAUGGCCCCUAAAAUUUUAAUACACUUUAAAAGAUUCGGUUUAGAUAAAAUUGAACCAUAGAGAUGAGUAGAAAGUAUGAUAGAAAAUAAAGUUAUCAAUAGAAGUUUGUUUAAUGGAAGCAGGUAUAUUUCAGAGUUUAUACAUGUGUGAUUUAUUUUGUUUCUCUUUAUGCCAGUAAAUAUACUUUAAAGUCCAAAAUUUUGAAGGGCUUAUAAUUAAUUAUAUGUUGUGAAAGAUUAUUGUCUAAACAGUACAUUACACAUGUGUUUUUCGAAGUACUGUUUAUAUUUAUGUGGCUAAUUUUUUUUUAAAUAUUAAAAUGUAUUUAUUUUUUUUUUCAUGUUUUUUUGACUCUUAAAUACGCUGAAAGCACAAAAAAAGUAUGUAAAAUAUUAUUAUGACUACUUAUUUGUAAUUAUAUAUAUUAUUAUAUUAAGAGAUCUAUUGAAGCAAUUGUUAUAGUUAUCAAAGUAUACUAAUAAAGAAAAAAGAGUCACAUUUGUUUUCAUCUUGUCAAAGAGUAAAUUGUUGAGUUUGUUUUAUUGGAA